GCUAUUUUAGCUCUGCGUGCUACUUUCACAGAAACAGCGAAACACGACUGGUCCAAUGCGGCAAGGUUGAAAAAUUAUACUUGUCGCUUCUAGUCUUCUCGUCUAGACUACCUAGUACUACUGGCAGACCAGCAUUUCUUGGCGCGGACGAGGAAUCUCUGAGUUGUUACACCUCUAUGAACGACCACGUCCACGAAUUUUUCACAAAGAAAUGACUCUACCGAGUCAUCUCCAUCUGUAACUAAGUAUGAUCUGAUCUUAUCCUGCUUCACAGAACUCGUCGUCGCUUGUUCAUGCGUCACGCUAUGGGCAAAAAGGUGCAGUUUGGGCUAUGCCUCGACGAGUUGUACACUUGUUUAUCGCCUAUCUGCGUUAUUUUCGAAGAAAUCAACACAUUACUCACCCAGCUGUACGAAGAAUACACGUCGACAUCUCUGCGUCCUCGAGGCACGGCUACAACUAGGGAGACGCGACCGAGUGUUGGUGCAGGAGAACAGCAAUUAAGAAUGUUUCAUGACAACAAUUAGUAUUAGUAUUUUUUAUUUAAGUUGUAAGUAACUACAUCUACAAGUGCAACAAUCAUAACAUGCUCAUGCAGCAGUUCCACGGUUGAUGUUUUUUCCAGGUUAGACGAAAAGGCCAUAAAAGAGUUGUGAGAUAAGUAAGCAGGUACAUCUACAUUUAGAAACAGUCGCAGCGAGAAAAUAAACCCGUUCUAAAGGACGCAGAAGAGAAGACGAAGAGGACGCUGAAGGAGAAGCUCGCGAGACAGUUUCUGACGGAG